CUUUGUUUUGCCCCUCUUGUGCUUGGGCUAAAUCACCCUGUCCUAUUCUUCACAAUCUUCACUCCUCUCUUCUCUCCCUGUGACUUGUAGUUCUGCGAAAGGUUCGACCACCGAUUCCAGCUUCAUAAUGCCUCGACCUAACCAAACGCAAACGUCGAGCAUUGACAAAGAGCAAACUCAUCUGGAUGAUUUGGGGAUCAAACAUGAAGAAAAAAUUAAGAGCCUUACAGAAUUUCUGAAUGAAGUAGUGAAUGAGCCGGUAGAAAGUUUGAUCAUUGUUGACACGAUUCAGCGGCUAGGAGUCGAAUCCCUAUUCCGAGAACAGAUUAAAGCCAUUCUACGGUGGCAAUACACACAUUUUAGCUCUCUAAAUCACGGCAAAGAUGAUGUCUAUGAGAUCGCUCUCCGGUUUCGACUUCUUCGGCAAGAAGGUUAUUAUGUGCCUGCAGCUGUGUUCGAACGCUUCAAUGAUAAGAUAAAUGGUUUCGUUGAGGGGAACAUCAAGGGUAUGAUGGAAUUAUACGAAGCGUCCCAGAUGAGCAUAGAAGGAGAGGAUAUACUCGACAAAGCGGAAGACUUUAGCAGCAAGUUUCUCAACGCACUGCUGACAUGCGAUCUUGAUCAUGAGCAGGCGAGAAUGAUAGAAAGUACGUUGCGAUAUCCAUAUCGCAAGAGCAUCGCAAGAUCGCUAGCGCCUCAAAUUUUUGUAGACGACAUGCCUGCCACGAGCUCAUGGAUGGAAGACUUGCUAGAAGUGGCAAACAGAGAGCGAAGAAUUGUUCAAUCUGUGCACCAGAAGGAGAUUCACCUAAUUAACGAAUGGUGGAAAGAGUUGGGAUUGGGAGCGGAGACGAAGUUUGCUAGAGACCAGCCACUGAAAUGGUACAUGUGGUCCAUGGCGAUUCUCACAGAUCCAAGCUUUUCUGAACUUAGGGUUGAGCUCAUUAAGCCCAUCUCUCUCGUAUAUGUUAUCGACGAUGUUUUCGAUGUCCACGGCACGAUCGAUGAGCUAAUUCUCUUCACAGAAGUCAUUGGAAGAUGGGACAACGCAGGUGCUGAGCAGCUCCCAGAGUACAUGAAAGUAUGCUUCAAGGCUCUCGGCGAUAUCACAGAUGAUUUUGGCAACAUCAUCUUCAAGAAGCAUGGAUGGAACCCCACGGGAUUCUUGAAACAGAUGUGGGCGAAUUUGUGCAAUGCAUUCCUGGUGGAAUUUCAGUGGAACGCUUCUGGGAAAUUGCCAAAUGCAGAUGAUUACUUGAAAAAUGGGACUAUCACUUCAGGUGUGCCCUUGGUGCUAGCUCACCUAUUCUUUCUGACGGGCCAAGACAUUGCCAACCAAAGUAUGGAUUCAAAGAAAGAAGAGGUGCCGCUGCCGAAUGCAGUCUUCCUAGUCGCUCAAAUUCUUCGCCUUUGGGAUGACCUCGGAUGUGCCCAGGAUGAGAAUCAAAAUGGCUACGAUGGGUCUUACGUGGAGUGCUAUCUGCGGGAAAAUCACGGCUGUUCGCAUCAAAGCGCGAGAGAGCAUGUGAUGGAGUUGAUAUCGAAGUUGUGGAAGCAGCUCAACAAAGAAUGCCUCUCUCCAUGUCCGUUCUCUGCGCCUUUCCACGAAGCUUGCGUGAAUGCUGCUAAAAUGGUUUCAUUGAUGUACAACUACGAAGACAAACAUGGUCUUGGACUCCUACAAGAACAUAUGAAGUCGUUGACCUGUGAUCACGCGACGCCCUAGCAUCAUUUUCAUGUUUUGAUCUUUCAUGCUUGUUGGAUUACUUCCGGAUAAUGUACUGCAGGUCACCUUUUAACUUGCAACGAAGUAGCCUUCUUUUUCUAA